AUGAGCCUCCGUCUACCUCUCCGGCGAGGAGGCGAAUUCGCCACCAUCAUCAGCGCCUACGCUCCGAUGGAGACGAACCCCGACGCCGUCAGAGACAAAUUCUACAAGUGCCUGCACGCCCUCUUGGCGACUGUGUCGAAGGCGGACAAGUUGAUUGCCCUUGGUGACUUCAACGCCCGCGUCGGCACAGACCAUACCGCCUGGAGAGGCGUGCUGGGUCCCGGCACAAACGACAAUGGUCUGCUGCUCCUACGCACCUGCGCAGAACACCGCCUCAUCCUGACGAACACGUUCUUCUGCAUGCCGGAGCGAGAGAAGGCCACCUGGAGGCAUCGUCGGUCGCGUCAGUGA